CACGGCGUAGAACACCAAAAUAUUCUGAGGUUGAGAUGAGCGCUGGAAGCCAAAGUUGUUCGAGUGAACCUUUUUCGAGUAUACGCGAAACCUAUUCAAGCUGUGAAGCAUUUUUGUCGGCGGAAGAAUCCUCUUCAUCCUCUGGUGAGUGGAAUUCCUCUUCCGAAGAUCCUCUGAACAGCGAGCACAGUGAAGAUAUUGAGGAUGUCUUAGAGGAUACUAAGAGUAAUAUAUUCCUUGAAAAACCGGUAGAUGCCACUUUGGGCGAUGAGGGAAAAAACAAUAUUGAACUCGCGAAUGUUGGUUAUGGCAAGAAUGAAAGCAGAGCGGAGAGGGCCCUUAGGAGAUUAGGGGGGGCUAGCACAGCCUGGGAAACUGAAGCAGAGAUCCCCCGAGCGCUCAGUGAAGUUGAAAUUUUAAAAAGAGAGGAGAGAGCCAAAAAGAGGAAAUUAAAAGCUAAAGAACAAGAUAAAAUACUCCUGCAAGAAACCAUCUCUGCACUUUUAAAUUCAAAUAGAGAAGAUAAAACUGACUAUGAAUCUGAAAUUGAAAUAAAGAAAGAACUUUCUGUGGAUGAUGAUAAAUUUAUAACAAGUCAAAUUAUUAAUAAAAAUGGGUCGCGCCAGACCCCGGGGUCUCACUGAGCGUCUCUGCCAGGCGCCAGGCUGCUCAAAGCCUCGAAGUUAUAGAACAAGUAAGACAAAAGUUCCGGUUUG